AUGACCGACAACUACCACCCAAUGAACUCCGUCGAGACGAACAUAGGUUCACAAGGCGGCAGUGGCCUAGGGCGUGGUCUAAGGCCCCGGGUUGAUCGCACAAGAAGAAGUUGGACAGCUCGCGAAGAGGAAAUACUUGUGUCUAUUCUGAAGGAUCUUGUCACACAUGGCUGGAAAAGUGACAAUGGGUUUCGUGGGGGAUAUCUGCAGCGGAUUGAAGAGGCUCUGAAUCGGGAGUUCCCAGGACGCGGCUUGAGGGUUGCUCCUCAUAUCAAUUCGAAGAUUAGCCAGUGGAAGAAGUGCUACUCGUCUCUGAGUGCGAUACUUGCACGAAGUGGUGUGGGUUUCAACAUGAACAGAGAUUUCAAAAUUGAUUGUGACGAUGACCAAUGGGAGCAGAUUGUUAAGUGUGAUGCCAACGCACGCGGUAUGCGACACAAGUCAUGGCCUCUAUGGGAUGAUUGGAAGGUGCUGUUUGGAAAAGAUCGUGCUGUUGGGACCGUUGCAAAAGACACGUUUGAUGCACAUGCCAAUUAUGCAGGGCGAACACCAUCCUCUCAACAAGAUGUCCGGCUGGGAUCCCCUGUUGAAUCGGGUGAAUAUUCAGCAGCCAACCCGAGCCCUCAGCAGAGGCCCGUGGCCAACCCGAAUGAAAGCACCGGCCAGAGCAUAGAUCAUUCACUACAAACUAAAAAAUCUGGAUCAAAAAGGAAGGCCUCUAGCCCUCCUGUGGGUUUGAUUGAGAUGCUUGGACGGAUGCAAGAUGAUACCAAUGAGCGGCUUGACAAACUGACCAAUCGGAUUGGGUUUGAGUUCGAUCUUAGCGAAGCACGUAAGGAAGUUAUCGACAUACUGAGUGGUGUACCGGAUCUGACGCUUGUGCAGCAAAUUGAUGCCUCCGAGAUCAUCAUCGAUAAGGUGGAGCGUGUUGAGUUGUUCAUGCGUCUUCCGGAGACAUCGCGUCUUACAUACGUGAUGCGUGUGCUGGAGAAGCACGACCACUAUUGA